CUGGCUGCGGUCACACUGGUUACUUGCAUUUUAGCUGGAAGAAAAAGCUGCAGGAAAAAAUUGGCAAUAAAGGACAGCAGCAGCCUCUAUUAUGGACAAGGCCGAAGUGGGCAGCGCGUGCCUCGCAGCGCCAAAGCGCCGCUUUCCGGCCAGCGAGCGUUGUGGGCGGGAGCCGGCCGCCACGCCCCCUCAGCCACCGCUCACAGAAAUCCCGGCCGAGGAGGAGCCACAGACGAAACAGCGCAAAAAAGAGGAGGAACUGCAUCGCAUCUCGGACUCGGAGAUCAACUUGAUGGAUUUUUGCGAUGAGCUGCUUUGCGAGAUCUUCCAGUACCUGGACACGUUCUCCAUCAUGGCGGUGAUGCACUGUUCGCCUCGUUUGGAGAACCUUCUUCUGGAUCGCCGAUUCUAUCACCGUAUAGAUCUCAGCAACGGACCGCUGCCCAUGGGCAUUCUCGAAGAGAUUCUUGGCCGAGCUACUGAAAAGACUCACACCAUCAAAAUCUGCGGACCGCCAUCGUCACAGCAUGUUGCUGGCGAAUUCCGCCAAUUUACUCAGACGUUGAGCUCCAUAUUCCCCAAGGUGGCUACCCAAUUGAAAGUGCUGGAACUGCAGGGCGUCAGCCUGGACUUCGAAUACAUACACAUAUCCGAAUUCCCUGUCUCCCUGAAGCGUCUUAAGCUAAAGGAUUGCAGCGUAAAAGUGGGCAAUAAUGCCAAGAGCAUAUUUCACACGAUAGAGAUGCAUCUGGUGGACCUAGAGGAUCUCAGCAUCGAGGACAACAACUGGUUCGAACCAUAUUACAUUAUGGGCCUUUCAAAACUGCCUUCCUUGCGGCGUCUUAGUCUUAAAGGGUGUCAGACGCUCUGUAAGUUUGUGCCGUACGGUAGCAUGGCGGCUCGCUUUGGUUUUCAGAAACUAGAGGCACUUGAUUUACGUUUGACGCCUAUUACCAACUCUGAUCUGCAGUGCUUCAGCGCAAUCGAGAACCUUAAGGAGCUUCUGCUGGAGUCGCCGCCCAACCUGCAUUCUGAACAAACGUCCUCCGAGAAGACCAAUAACGGCAGCACCACUGACGAGACUGUGCCCCCGCAGCCGGACUCCCUAAAAGUGCUUAACGACGACGAGCCGUCUACAUCGCGUGCCGCCAUGGAGCACCUACGUGCAUGCAAAAUUGCACAGGGCAAGGAUGAAGGUGCCGAUAUGUUCAACUCUGACAACUGUAACGAGAGAAAGGAGGAGGAGCAGUCGCCAGCCCCAGCAGAACCUGCUUCCAAUAUCCCAGAUAUUCAGGGUAAAAGGAUCAGAGCCCCGUCGGAAUCCGAGGAUGAGGACACCUCCUCCACCUCGGCGACCUCGGCUUCCUCGUCAGACAAAUCAGAUGUUGCAUCGCCCCGCAGCAAUGGUCAUAGUGGUCGAGCACCUUUGCGCUCGCCGCUGGUGGUGAUUGCAAUGCCCAGUGUGGCCGCCGAUAUUCCACCACAUCCUGUUCCACCUGCGGCGGAUGCGGACAAUGCCGAUGCUCCCGAGCAGGAACCGAGGCUGGUGCCUACGCCACGCGCUUAUAUAUACGUACCCGAAGUUAAUCCGCCCGGGAAUGAAAAUCCCCGACAGCAGCGGAAUAUGGUGGCCAUAAUUGAGCAGGCUGAACAUUAUCGCAACUGGCGCGGCAAUAAUCCCGCCUUCAGUCGUUUCCUACCGCGCCACGAUCAGAUUAUCUACAUGAAUCCCACGAACCCAGUUGUCGUAAUGCACCCACGUCGUCAUCGUUCACAUCCGCGUCCGAACUUCGACCAGGUGGUACAGCAUCCUAUGUUUUGGAACAUGCUGGACCCACUGGACCGUGAUCACAGCCGGCGAUUACGCCACCGCCCAUCGACCUGUCAGGCCUCACCUCAAUACUAUGUAUCCGAUCGUGCGAUCUAUAGCUUUGGCCGAGCGUCGCGACCCGUGCAACCGGAUGUUGUCUGGAUUCGAAACGUCAACCGCUCGCCGGACAACAGACUGGAGCGUCUGUCGUUGCGGAACUACCACCUCAUCACAAAUCAUACGCUGGAGCACCUGGUUCAAUGUUCCCCCAAUUUGGUAUACAUCGAUGUAAGCGGCACAAGCAUAACGCUUUCGGGACUAAACCGCUUUAAGAGCAGCAAGCCGGAAUGCGAAGUGGUGGCCACCCACUUAACGGCGGAUCAAGAAGCGGAGGAGGUUUUCUCGGAGGAGAAAAAUGAAGAGGAUGAGGAGGUGAUACUGCCCAGCGGAGAUCGAACUCGGCAUGACCAGCAGCCACCGAAAUCGCCACCACCAUCUCAGGAACUGGCGGUCCCAUAGAAGAUUCCCCCCCACUUAACUAUAUUGUUUGUAUCAUGUUGUACCGUGAACAUUUUUUGUCAAAAUGGGCCGUGCUGGAUUAGGAUUUUAGCAAGACGACGACAUGGCCAAGCCGAUGAACCCACAACGCUGGCUACAAGCGAGUGCUGUAGCUCAGCCCACUAGUAUUACGUUUUAAACUAAUCAAGCCCUUGUACUAUACACCAGGCUCAAUGCAUUGUAUAAACCCAAGAAUCCCAACACCACAAUAACAAAUCCUCUAGUUAGGCAUUAAAGAACGAGCGAUCUUUUUGGUAUACGUA